AUGGCCGACAAUGAGCAAGAUCUUCUCGACUAUGAAGAGGAUGAGGAGCAAACGACCAUCAGCGGCGACCUGGCCGUCGCCAACCAAAACAAUGGAGCCGGCAACGACACGGCCAAAAAGGCCGGCUACGUUUCCAUUCAUUCGAGUGGAUUCCGCGAUUUUCUACUCAAGCCCGAGCUGCUAAGAGCCAUUGUCGACUGCGGAUUUGAGCACCCUAGCGAGGUCCAACACGAGUGUAUUCCUCAGGCCAUUUUGGGCAUGGACAUUUUGUGCCAGGCCAAGUCUGGCAUGGGCAAGACGGCCGUUUUUGUUCUUGCCACUUUGCAGCAGAUUGAUCCAGUGGACAACCAGGUUUCGGUUCUCGUCAUGUGUCACACACGAGAGCUUGCGUUUCAAAUCUCCAAAGAGUAUGAACGCUUUAGCAAGUACAUGCCCAGCAUUCGCGUUUCCGUCUUUUUCGGCGGCAUGAACAUUACCAACGAUGAAAAAGUCCUACGCAUGAACCCGCCCCAUAUCGUCGUCGGAACACCAGGUCGAAUUCUCGCACUGAUUCGCAGCAAAAAACUCAAUCUCAAGAAUAUCAAGCACUUUAUUUUGGAUGAGUGCGACAAGAUGCUUGAGCAGCUAGACAUGCGACGAGACGUUCAGGAGAUUUUCAAAUCAACUCCUCAUGAGAAGCAAGUCAUGAUGUUUAGUGCUACGCUAUCCAAAGAGAUUCGACCCGUGUGCAAAAAGUUUAUGCAAGAUCCAAUGGAAGUGUCAGUCGACGAAACCAAACUUACCCUGCACGGCUUGCAGCAGUACUAUGUCAAGCUCAAGGACGCCGAAAAGAAUCGCAAGCUCUUUCAAAUUUUGGACGAUCUCGAGUUUAAUCAGGUGGUCAUUUUUGUCAAGAGUGUCCAGCGUUGCGUCGCUCUCGCCAACCUGCUUGUGGAACAAAACUUUCCCGCCAUUGCCAUCCACCGCGCCAUGACCCAGGAAGAAAGACUUUCGCGCUACCAGCAGUUUAAGGACUUUCAGAAGCGUAUUCUGGUGGCGACCAACCUUUUUGGCCGAGGCAUGGACAUUGAACGAGUCAACAUUGUCUUUAACUACGACAUGCCCGAAGACAGCGACACCUACCUCCACCGUGUCGCUCGUGCUGGCCGUUUUGGAACCAAAGGUCUGGCCAUUACCUUUGUCAGCGAUGAAACGGACGCCAAGGUGCUCAACAGCGUCCAGGAUCGUUUUGAUGUGAGCAUUCCAGAAAUGCCAGCCGACAUUGAUGUCUCGACUUAUUGUAAGUUUUUACAUAUUGAACCCUUUUCUUAG